AGUAAUAUUAUUUUAAGGAAAUUUAUUUUGAAUUUUUUUGUUAGUCAUUUAGUUAUGAAGUUUUGUAAAUCUGAAAUGUUGGAUUAUUUGAUAUUAUUUCAAAGUGAUCUCAAGAUGGAAAGUUUGUCUUCUAAAAGCCCCAGGAAUAUAGUAAAAUUUGAAAGAGGGUCUGUUCCUGAAGGGGCUAUAAUCUUAACAGAAGAGGAAGCUGUUCAAGCACGGUUACAGCUUGUUCACAGUUGGAAGCCACGAAGUGAAGUUUGGCCUUUUACAUAUGGACAGGUUCUUAUCUCAGCAAUAUCUGGAGCAGGAGGUUUUUACUGUAAUCAUUAUUACAGAAAGUGUAUGAAACUCCGUAAUUGUGCUCGUAUGUCUACUUAUAUUCCUGUGGUUGUACUUCCAUCCUUGUUGACUCCUAUCCUUCAUUCUACAUUAAUUACUUCUGAUAUUUUGAUUGGUAAAACUCCAUGCUCACUGUGUGUACAAAUUAAAGCUAUGGCACUACAAGUUACCAUUGGUGCCCUCUAUCCUAUGGUUUUAGCCCCUCUCGGAUGCUUUCAGUUUGCUGAACGUUACCUCACUUAUCCUUUACCAUCAAUAAGAGAUUCACCUAGAGAAGUUUUUAGGUUGUAUCAGAAACUGACUGCUGCACGUCUUCCUCAGUUUGGGGUAAAUGUGAUGAUUCAAGCACUUCUUGCCUGGUUUAUAACACACAAAGAAAUAACCUGUCUGCAUACAAUUACCAGCAAGUUAGAGAGGGGAGAUGAUGACAUUUCUACAAUAUGAUGAAAAAGAAAAGAAAAACUUUCAUAAUGUUUAAUGAAGAAAUUAGUUUAAAGUGUCCGUGAAAGUUAAUGCAAAUUGCUGUUCUUAUUCGUAUACCUAGAUACAACCAAAAACAAAGUGGAAGUAUGAUUGAUUUUAUAGAAAAAAAAAUACAUCAUUUAUGUAAAAUUCUUUAGAUAUAAUUUGAUUAGACACUUUUAUAGAAAGAUUCAAUAAUGUCUCUGCUGAGAAAUGCAGUGCUAGCUUUAGUAUGUGUUGACAGUUGAAAACAUUGAUUUCUGAAUCCUGAAACUUCUCUGUAAUCAGUACAGGAGCUUGAUAAAUUAACCAUUUAAAAAUAUUUCAAGGAUUUUGACUUUUAUAUUACUGGCACAUUGGAAUUCAUUGUAGUAUAGCAUCAAACUGAUAUAUAUAUUAGCUAUAUUUUAUUGAAGUAUAGAGGUCUAUAAAAUAAAUGUAAAUAUAGUGGCACUAUAGAAUUAUAUACUACUUUUUAUUGCAGGUGGUUUAUAGAUAUAGACCGCAAAUGCAAGAUGUAUAGGUUAGCAAGCUGUGUUAUACAUUUAUUAGUUGCAUAACUGGUAUUAUUCGUUUUCAAUGACCUUCUAAAUAAGCUAUUUUAUGCUAAACUUAAAAUUAGUUAGUCAUGUUAAGGUAUCUUAAAUAUACCCAUGAUUUCAACAUAAACUGUAAUAGUAUGUGUGCUCAGUUAUCAAUGAAUGUUUGUAAAGAUGCAUCAGAAUAUUUUUUCAGAAUCUGCUCAUUAAAGUCAGGAUUUUCAAAAACAAA